UUUCGAGUCAAAGUCUUGAAACGUUUUAAAUAAAUGUAAACAGGAUCAAAAUUUAUUCUUUUUGCGCAUUUGUAAAUGUUUAGUCAUGUAUUUGGAGUAAUACAGUAAGAAGACUGAUCAAUUUUGUUUAUAAGGCUCUGUAUAUACAUUGUAUACACUCAAAGAUGAGAGGCAAAGGGAGAUAAUUCUACAGGUGGAAGUAUAAACAAAUAUAUUUGAAGGAGAAUAUCUAACAAAGAGCAGAUAUUGAAAACUACAAUGCUGUUAACAUGCUGCAGAUAUUUCCCAAGUAUUUGUCAGUGCUCAAGAACCAUUUGUAGUUUAAAACUGUUCUCUGGUGAAAGAGACAACAGCUUCUUAAAACAUCAUGAACAAUUUAACUUGCAACACACAACAAAGAGGCAUUAUGGAACUCCUCUUUCUGACCCAGAAAAUAAAGGAGGUCAACAAAGAGGAGUGAACUUUGACACUUUAGGGUCAUGGAAUAAUAGAUUAGAUAUGCCAAUCAUGAUGAAUGAGAGUAUUAAAAGAGGAAAUUUGAUUCCAGAAAUCCCAUUCGAACAUGUCGGCAUUGAUUCACUUCUUGGACGUAGAAAAGUAAAUGAAGACAGAUAUUUUAUGGAGAAGAUAUCACCGACAUUGCUGUGUUUUGCUGUAUUUGAUGGACAUGGAGGAUCCGUGGUAUCAGAUUUUGUAUCCAAGGUGUUUACAGAUCAUAUCAAGUUUUGGUUGCUCCGGGAAACUGAUUUAUGUUUGGUUCUCAGACAGGCCUUUAUUGAUGUCAACAACAUGCUUGCCAGGCACUUAUAUUUCUAUUCUCUUGAUACAAAAGAGUUUCAGGCAGGAACCACAGCGACAGUCUGUCUACUUAGAGACGGCAUUGAACUAGCUAUUGGACAUGUUGGGGACAGUAGAGUCAUUUUGUGUCGUGAAGGACUAGCUCUUAGACUGAGUGAGGACCAUGUUCCUGAGAAUCAUCGAGAGAAAGAUCGGGUGCAUCAACGGGGUGGCAUCAUCAGCCACAAUAGUCAAGGAGUAUGGCAAGUAAAUGGCAGGUUAUCCAUGACAAGAAGUCUAGGUGACAUUGAAUUAAAGAAGUAUGGAGUGACUGCAGAUCCUUAUUUAACAACCAAAAACCUGAAACAUGGAAAAGAUGCCUUUCUAGUUCUGACGACUGAUGGUGUAAACUUUGUAUUGAACGACCAGGAACUUAUUGAUAUAAUAUGUUGUUGUUCAACGCCACAAGAAGCAGCAUCAUUCGUCACAGAUCAAGCGUUACAUUUUGGUUCAGAAGAUAAUUCAACAGCUAUAGUUAUCCCCCUUGGUGCAUGGGGAAAAUACAGAACAACACUUCGUGCUAUUCCAUACAACUUUGGGAGGAAUUUAGUGCGAGGACGAUAUUCAUAGCUAAUUAUGAUGAUCAUUAUCUUAACAAAAGUAAUUUAUCCCCUACUUAAAGAUAUUAGAGGGCAUUAUUUUUCUUUUUAGUCUGUAUGGUUGACCGUAUGUUGUUUGUCCAUCCCAUAUCAGGUUAAUGUUUCAAUUUAAGAAAGUUUACCAUGAAGGUCACAUCAAUUUAAGACUUGGAAUACAUGUUUAGUAUGUGAACUUUUAAAAAUAUAUGCCAAAUUAGAAUUUUGCCUCUGAUUUAACAGUUCAUUGAAUCUGGAAAUUUAGACAUAUAUUCUUUUUGAUGCGUAAUUUUGUGAUAUAUAUUUAUUAAGUCUCCCAAACGAAGUUUGGGAAGACUUAUUGUUUUUGCUCAGUUCUUAUUAUUAUUCUUCUUCUUCUUCUUCUUCUUCUUCUUCUUCUUCUUCUUCUUCUUCUUCAUCCGCCGCUUUUAAAUUUGAACUUGUCCGCACCUGUUCUCCUAAACCGCUUGUCAGAUUAACUUAGGGUUUCACAAUAUGUUAGACUAACAUGUCUAGUGGUGCAAUCAGGGUUUUGUUUGUGCAAUGGGGUUUAUAAAGGGGUACUUUGAGGGGCAAAAAGAAAAGAGGGUUUUACUAUAGAACCCUAUGGGAUUUUAUUUUUUAAAAUUUUCAAAUGAUUAUAAAUUGAAAACCGUUUGUGAUAGACACAAUCUUUUAAAUUGAAAAUGUUCUAAAUGAUAAAGCCCAUUAAAUGAAAUAUAGGGUUAGUCCCCAGGGGUCACCCCCACCCCCUGCCAUUUAAGAAAGUUCUAAUAUCUUCUAAGUGGUCAAGAUCCCCACCCCUAAACCAUAUAUAUUAUGGUUUGUAAUGCUAAGAUGGUAUGAAUGAUAUACAGGGUUAGUCCCCAGGGGUCAUCCCGACCCCCUGCCAUUUGAUUAAUUUCUAAUAUCUUGUAAAUGGUCGAGAUCCCCACCCCUAAACCAAAUAUAUUCUGGUUUGUCAUGAUAAAGCACAUCAAAUGAAAUACAUGGUUAGUCCCCUGGGGUCACCCCCACCCCCUGCCAUUUAAGAAAGUUCUAAUAUCUUGUAAGUGGUCAAGAUCCCCACCCCUAAACCAUAUAUAUUCUGGUUUGUCAUGCGAAGAUGGUUUGAAUGAUAUACAGGGUUAGUCCCCAGGGGUCAUCCCGACCCCCUGCCAUUUGAGAAAGUUCUAAUAUCUUGUAAAUGGUUGGGAUCCCCACCCCUAAACCAUAUAUAUUCUGGUUUGUCAUUAUAAAGCACAUCAAAUGAAAUACAUGGUUAGUCCCCUGGGGUCACCCCCACCCCCUGCCAUUUAAGAAAGUUCUAAUAUCUUGUAAGUGGUCAAGAUCCCCACCCCUAAACCAUAUAUAUUCUGGUUUGUCAUGCGAAGAUGGUUUGAAUGAUAUACAGGGUUAGUCCCCAGGGGUCAUCCCGAUCCCCUGCCAUUUGAGAAAGUUCAUAUAUCUUGUAAAUGGUCGAGAUCCCCACCCCUAAACCAUAUAUAUUCUGGUUUGUCAUGAUAAAGCACAUCAAAUGUAAUACAGGGUUAGUCCCCAGGGGUCACCCCCACCCCCUGCCAUUUAAGAAAGUUCUAAUAUCUUCUAAGUGGUCAAGAUCCCCACCCCUUAACCAUAUAUAUUCUGGUUUGUCAUGCUAAGAUGGUUUGAAUGUUAUACAGGGUUAGUCCCCAGGGGUCAUCCCGACCCCCUGCCAUUUGAGAAAGUUCUAAUAUCUUGUAAAUGGUCGAGAUCCCCACCCCUAAACCAUAUAUAUUCCUGUUCGUCAUGUAAUGAACAUUUGAAUGACGUAUAGGGCCAGUCCCCAGGGGUUUAUCCCCACCCCCAAUGUUCUAGUAUCUUGUAAAUGGUCGAGAUCCCCACCCCUAAACCAUAUAUAUUCUGGUUUGUCAUGCGAAGAUGAUUUGAAUGAUAUACAAGGUUAGUCUCCAGGCAUCACUAAUGCAUAUAACUUUACUGGACCAAACCAAUUUUCACUGGACGUUUCCCAAUGUCAGGCGACCCUGGGAAUUACGAAUUAUGGGAGCUUCGUUUGGGAGACUUCGUAACAGCAUCCUGUUACAAUCAUUUCUUGUUUUUUAUGUGUUUAUGGUUUUCAAUAGAGAAAUAUCUGUCA